AUGUCUUUAGUUUAUUCUACAGAUACAGAAAACUAUAUAUCUGCGCCACUACCAACUCAUAUCUCACAAGGUGUUCAUUAUGAUUCAUAUCAAAAAUACAACACUGUUCAGUCAGAAGUAGCUGUUUUUACUGUUCCCGAUAACUUCCAAUUUGACGAAAAGAAAAAAUCUACACCCAAAUCCAACUCAUGGUUUAAUACCACUGCUUUUUCCAACACAAAUAACAACAAAGGCAUUCGUCGAGUUGCUUCAGCACCUGACGCAAACCAUAUUCAACCUCUCAAGACAAAGGGGUCUUCGGUUACACUGCAGAGUCCAGAUGCACAGAGACAUCAACUAGAACGUAUCAAGCUGUGUAGACGUACUUAUUCAAGUAGUAGCAUCAAGAUAAAAACACUUGAAGUUGGUCCUUCUAGUUUUUCAAAAAUCCGCAUGUUAGGCAAAGGCGACGUUGGGAAAGUAUACAUGGUUAGACAAAAGGGCAACGACAAAUUGUUUGCCAUGAAGGUUCUUUCAAAGAAAGAAAUGAUCAAGCGAAACAAAAUCAAACGCGCUCUAGCAGAGCAAGAGAUUUUGAUGACUUCAAACCACCCAUUCAUUGUAACUUUAUAUCACUGCUUUCAAAGUCAAGAUUAUCUUUAUUUUGUUAUGGAAUAUUGUAUGGGUGGUGAAUUCUUUCGAGCAUUGCAAUUAAGACCGGGAAAAUGUCUGAAUGAAGAUGGUGCUCGUUUUUAUGCUGCAGAAGUGACAGCAGCAUUAGAAUACCUUCAUCUUCAAGGUCAUAUUUAUCGUGAUCUCAAGCCAGAAAAUAUCUUAUUACAUCAAAGCGGACAUAUCAUGUUGACUGAUUUUGAUCUCAGUAAAGGCUCGACACCUCCAGGUCAACCAGGUGUCGUGAAAUCCAAAUCACCUAAUCUGCCACCUUCAAUCAAUACAAAAAGUUGUGUGAAUGGAUUGCGAACAAACAGUUUUGUGGGCACAGAAGAAUACAUUGCACCUGAAGUCAUUAAAGGAUGUGGUCAUACAAGUGCAGUUGAUUGGUGGACAUUGGGUAUACUUAUUUAUGAGAUGCUUUUUGGCACCACACCAUUUAAGGGCAAUGGUCGAAAUGAGACCUUCUCCAAUAUUCUUCACACAGACAUUCGAUUUCCUCACCAACCUGCACCUUAUAAUGGCAAUGUUUCCAGCAAUACUAAAAACUUGAUCCGCAAACUUUUGCACAAGGACGAAAAUCAGCGUCUUGGAUCUCGUGCGGGUGCAGCUGAUGUUAAACAACACCCUUUUUUCAAGACGAUCAACUUUGCUCUCUUGAGAAAUAUGACGCCACCUAUUGUACCGAUUGUACACAAACCAAAUGGCAUUGAUGCUGUCAAUUUUAGAAAGAUGCAAGAAAGUGUUAGUCUAGACUUAGAAGCAGAUGGGCUUAAAAUCAUUAGUACAAUGGAAAAGUCCAAUCCUUUCGAAAAGUUUGAUUCCAUUACUUUGUACCACAUGGGUGAUUCUGAUUCUGAAUUAGACGAUGAAUAA